UUUGGCUGCCAUUCUACUACCCGACACGACAUAGCUCCUCUUGUGUUCACCUCUCGGUUCCAUCACCACCGUUCUGUUUCAGCCCAAUUCUCUCUUUUGUUCCCUUUUUGUCGUUUCUCCUCAUCGCCGGGACUGUUCCCGGCACGUAUCCUUCAACCUCUUCCCUGCAGAGAAUACCCUCAUCGGUGCGCCGCCACCACCACGAAUACGCCGUUGUUUGAUACAUCGAUAUCCGUCGUCUUUUUUUUUCUUUCUUCUAUUACUCUGCUUGGGAUCGCAUUUAUUAGCUUCCGGUGAUUACGUCGUUCUGAGUUUCUGGAGAUGUCUGAGAAAUUCUCGGCAACAUUGAGGAUCGGGGAUCUGAAUGAUUAUAUAGCGCCUUCCCAGGCUUGCAUAGUUUCUCUCAAGGGGCUUAAAGCCACUUCCACGAAGCCGGAUAAAGUUGAGGUUUCAGCUUCUCGAAAGCAAUCGAAAGCUGAACCAGUUAAGAUAUCACUCAAGGAUUGCUUAGCAUGCAGUGGUUGUGUAACAUCAGCUGAGACUGUCAUGCUGGAGAAACAAAGUCUGGAUGAAUUUCUUUCCAACAUAAAUAAAGGAAAGGUUGUAAUUGUCUCAUUAUCUCCCCAAUCCAGAGCCUCACUUGCUGUCCAUUUCGGCAUCUCUCCCUUGAAGGUUUUCCAGAAACUCACGACAUUUUUCAAGUCCAUGGGAGUAAAAGCUAUAUUUGAUACAAGUUGCAGUAGAGAUUUAACCUUAAUCGAAGCUUGCAAUGAGUUUAUAGCAAGGUAUAGAAAAAGCCAGCUGGAGAAUGAGGAAAAAUGCAAGUCAUCCAUUCCUAUGAUUUCAUCAGCAUGCCCAGGAUGGAUAUGCUAUGCUGAGAAACAACAUGGAUCCUACAUUUUGCCUUACAUAUCAUCAGUGAAGAGUCCUCAGCAAAUGAUUGGAUCAAUAGUCAAGCAUCAUAUGUGCCAAAAAUUGGGUAUUAGAUCAGACGAUGUUUACCAUGUUACUGUCAUGCCCUGUUAUGAUAAGAAACUGGAGGCAGCCAGGGAGGACUUUGUUUUUCAGUCGGACUCGAUCAACAAAACUCGGGAGGAGAAUGAGGCCCACAAAAUUACAGAAGUAGAUUCGGUAUUGACAUCCGGUGAAGUUCUUGAAUUGAUACAGAUGAAAGAGGUGGACUUUAAGAGUCUAGAAGAGUCCCCUUUGGACAGAAUUCUGACAAAUGUCAAUGAAGAAGGGCAUCUUUUCGGAGUUCGUGGAAGUUCUGGUGGUUAUGCAGAAACAAUUUUUAGGCAUGCUGCGAAGUUACUCUUCGGAAAAGAAAUUGAAGGCCCUUUGGAAUUCAAACCCAUUCGAAAUUCGGACUUCCAGGAACUCACGCUAGAGGUGGACGGGAAGACUUUGUUGAAGUUUGCACUAUGCUACGGAUUCCGAAAUCUACAAAAUGUCGUCAGAAAAAUCAAAACAGGAAAAUGCGACUACCAUUUUCUAGAAAUCAUGGCUUGUCCUUCAGGUUGUCUAAAUGGAGGGGGCCAAAUCAAACCCAAGCCUGGGCAAUCUCCAAAGGACUUGAUUGAGUUAUUAGAAGCUGCUUAUCAGGAAAAUGUUUUAAUCAAAGAUCCUUUUGAGAAUCCAAUGGUGAAGGACAUAUACAAGGAGUGGUUGGAGGAAGCAGGUUCAGAGAAGGCAAAGAAGCAUAUGCACACUGAGUAUCACCCAGUGGUAAAAAGCAUUACUGCUCAACUCCACAACUGGUAAUUAAGUGCUACUCUUAACAUACAAUUUUACCACACAAAAGCUGAAAAUUAGAUGAAUCAUAAUGAGAGCUCUGAUAAUGUCACCUGUUUGUGCUUUACUUUACUUCUGGAAAGAAAGGCCCAAUUUUGAUAGCAUUUUACACUAAUUCUUGUUCUUCCACCUCUCACCCAACUCAGCCUCUGCAGGGCUUCAUCCUGUUGUACAUCAUCUUCUAUUUAGGUUGUAAGAUAGAAUAAGAAGAAAAAAUAUAGUUUGAUUUCUUGUUAAAUUCUUAA